AUGGCCUUCGUGCUGUGCUCUCGCCCCCUCGUCCCCUACGCCGCCGCGACCGCCGCCUCCUCGCGCUCUGGCGGAUCGCAGCCAGGUCGAGAAGGGCAGCGCGCGAUGCUCCCCGCUUGCGUCACCGCUGGCCUUCCCCGCGCGCGCGCAGCGCUUAGUCCGCGCUCUGCCUCCGCCAGCCGGCGCGCUUCCCUGACUACUCCGCGAUGUUCUGGCGGGGGGGUGAAUGGGGCGGAAACAGAGGGGGGAGGGGAGGAGGCGGGAGCAGCUGAGGGAAAAGCAGGGAGCGGGAACAUGCUGCGCGUAGUGUAUCAUAGGUGCGGAAGGGGAAGAGGAGGGGGGCGGGGAGGGGAAAAGGUGGGUUGGGGGAAAGGAAGAUGUGUGGGGAACGCGGGGGAAGUUGGGUGGGUGGAGUGGCGCGUGCAGCUGCAGCCACAGGCGCGCACAGUGAACGUGCUGCCACACCGAGGGGACUGGAAGGACUGCACGUGGGCCAUAGACAUGGAAGCGCUGCCCUCACCACCGCCCUCCACCAGCGCCCAGCGCGGCCCCACAGUGUGGCUCAUCUCCGACUGCCAGCGCCCCUUUCUGCACGCCCCCAACCUCGACCGCCUCCCCAAGGGCAGUUUGGAUCUCUUCAAGGCGCACUGGGUGUUGGCGGACGAGAUUGCAGUGGAUUGGGACUAUAACGAGAGUGACUAUGGCGAGCAGAUUCUCUUCUCCCUGCAUGCCAGCGAAUCCGCCUCACUCUCCCUCACAGAGGACGGCGUGCAAGGAGCGGACUCCGUCAUUCCCCUCACGCUGGACCCUGCCGGCCUCUCACCUGCUGUGCGCACCAAGUUCCCCCUCCUAGCGUCCUUCACCUGCCUACGCCUGCCCGCCACCCCCCUCCCCCACCUGCAUCGCCUGCUUGCCUCGCAGACCGCCCUCGCCUGCUCCUCUGCAUCAGGCACGCCCCUGGACGCCACGUGCCUGCAGCUGGCAGGCGCCUUGGACGCGCUGUGUGGGUACGAGGGGCCGCUGGGAGCGCACGUGGAGAAGCAGGGGGGGGACUGGUGGUCCAGUGGCAGUGGCACUGUGAGCAUUCACGUGUGGGCGCCCACGGCUCAGGAGGUCACGCUGCUGCUGUUCGACCAGCCACAUGCAUCGCCCCCCGUGUCUCGCCAACGCAUGGAGAGGGGCAGCGAGGGGCAGUGGAGCGCGCAGGGCCCCAUGGCAUGGCAGGGCAUGUACUAUCAGUAUGAGAUCCGGGUCUUCCAUCCCUCCACCAAUAGAAUCGAGACAUGUGUCACCACCGACCCUUACUCCCGCGGUCUCUCAGCCAAUGGAGAGCGCUCAUUGGUGGUUGACCUGAGUGAUGCCUCGCUGGCGCCGCCUGAUUGGUCCACUUUGCAUCGGCAGAAGCCGCCCCUGCACUCGUUCUCAGACGUGUCCAUCUAUGAGCUCCACAUCCGUGACUUCAGUGCAUCGGACCCCUCAGUGCCAGAGCCCCACCGAGGAACGUACCUGGCCUUCACCCACCCCCAAUCACAGGGCGCACAGCAUCUGACUCAGCUGGCAGGCAGCGGGCUCACCCACCUGCACCUGCUGCCCGCCUAUGACUUCGGCUCCGUCAACGAGGACAAAAGCACCUG